GGGGUGAGCCCCAGCCCGGACUGGAGAAAGCCAGCCCCCCAGGCGCUGGGUGGGCUGCGCUGCGCGUCUGGAGGACCUUCCUGGGUUGGAGAGGUGCGCGCCGUCUGCACCUCACCCUGCUGCUGACAUCUCCUGCGCAGCAGAUAGGCGCUCACGCCUGAGUUCCUGAGUCUCUGGAGUCACCACCUGCAAAUUCCCUUCUCUUGUAAUGAGCAAGUACCCAGCCGAAAUUAUGCUAGGAAUUAGAAGAUCGUAUGCCAGAACAAAAAUGAAAUUCACCCUUACUCGCUGGUGCUUCGUAUUGUUCAUCUUUCUAAAUCACCCAACCCCAGUUCUUCCUACCUCUGCAAAUGACACCUACCCUCCAGGACUAGAGUCUGAGCCAUUUCUGUACAUCGUAGGACGAAGGAAAAUGAUGGAUGCACAGUUCAAAUGCUAUAACCGAAUGCAACAGUUACCCCCAUACCAAGGAGAAGGUCCAUUUUGCAACCGCACCUGGGAUGGAUGGCUGUGCUGGGAUGACACACCGGCUGGAGUAGUGACCCAACAGCACUGCCCCGAUUAUUUUCCCGACUUUGAUCCGAUAGAAAAGGUUACAAAAUACUGUGAUGAAAACGGGGCUUGGUACAGACAUCCUGAGAGCAAUAAGACCUGGUCUAACUACAGCAUGUGUAACGCUUUCACUCCUGAUAAACUGAAGAAUGCAUACGUUCUGUACUACUUGGCUAUUGUGGGUCACUCUAUUUCGAUUCUCACCUUAGCGGUUUCGCUGGGGAUUUUCAUGUAUUACAAGAACCUUGGCUGCCAAAGGGUAACUCUGCAUAAGCACAUGUUUCUGACUUAUAUUCUGAAUUCUAUUAUUAUCAUCAUCCACCUGGUUGAAGUGGUGCCCAAUGGAGAGCUCGUGAGAAGGGAUCCGCUGAGCUGCAAGGUUUUGCACUUUUUUCACCAGUACAUGAUGGCGUGCAACUAUUUCUGGAUGCUCUGUGAAGGGAUCUACCUUCACACGAUGAUCGUGGUGACCGUGUUCACUGAGGAGCAGCACUUGCGGUGGUAUUAUCUCUUGGGCUGGGGUAUGUAUUUCCUCCAGUUCAGUUUUGAGCCACCUUCACCUCUAUCUGUGUAUUUACAAUCUUCCUCUGGUCUUGGUCUCGGAGAACAAUCAGACCCAGGUGCUGGCAAGAGUUCAGUCUCCAAGAGAGCAUCGUCAAAGCCCUUUAACAAGUUCCUACAGUCUGUGAUAAACACGCAGGUCAGUGCAGAG